AUGGCAAGAAGAUUGAAGAAGCACUUAAAGAGGCUCAAUGCUCCCAAGCAUUGGAUGCCUGAACAGCUGGGUGGUGCUUUUGCUCCUAAACCCUCAUCAAAACCACAGAACAGAAUUUCACGACAAAAAGAAGUUAUGGUGGCAUCAACAUUUAAGAGACAUGGCCCUUUCGAAAAUGUUAUCAAUCAAAUAAGCCAUAACAAGGAUUAA